AUGCUGGAGAAUGGCUCGCUGAGGGGCUGCUGCGGGCGAGCGGGCUUCGGCUUGGCCCCGAGAGGGGAGCCGGAGGAGGAGGCGGCGGCGGCGGAGGCAGCCGCGACGGCCGGGGCGGCGGAGGCGCGGCCGGGCUGGGUGGUCCCGGCGCUGUCCAGCGUGCUGAUCUUCACGACCGUGGUGGACAUCGUGGGCAACUUGCUGGUGGUCAUCUCGGUGUCCAAGAACCGCAAGCUCAGGAACUCAGGCAAUGCGUUUGUGGUUAGCCUGGCAUUGGCAGACUUAGCGGUGGCCUUGUACCCUUAUCCCUUAGUGCUUGUCGCUAUUUUCCGCAACGGCUGGUCCUUGGGGGAGAUGCACUGUAAAGUCAGUGGCUUUGUGAUGGGACUAAGCGUCAUCGGCUCCAUCUUCAACAUCACUGCCAUUGCAAUUAACAGGUACUGCUACAUCUGCCACAGCUUUGCCUACGACAAAGUUUACAGCUGUUGGAACACAAUGUUGUACAUCUGCCUGAUCUGGUUAUUGACAGUGGUUGCGACGGUGCCAAAUUUUUUUGUGGGUUCCCUGGAGUAUGAUCCUCGUGUUUACUCAUGCACAUUCACCCAGACAGCUAGCUCGUAUUACACCAUUGCUGUCGUUGUCAUCCAUUUUAUUGCGCCGAUCACCAUCGUGAGCUUCUGCUACUUUCGGAUCUGGAUCCUCGUACUCCAGGUGAGGAGAAGAGUCAACUCGGAAGUCAAGCUGAGGCUGAAGCCGAGCGACUUCCGAAAUUUUCUCACCAUGUUUGUUGUUUUUGUGCUCUUCGCCUUUUGCUGGGCGCCACUGAACUUCAUUGGCCUCGCCGUUGCCAGUAAUCCCUCAGAAAUCGCACCCAAAGUUCCAGAGUGGUUGUUUGUCGUGAGUUAUUUCAUGGCCUACUUCAACAGUUGCCUUAAUGCGAUAAUAUACGGACUUCUGAACCAAAAUUUUCGGAAGGAAUACAAACGAAUCUUAAUGUCGCUGUGGCUGCCGAGACUGUUUCUUCAGGACACAUCCAGAGGAGGAACAGAGGGUCCUCAGAAGAGCAAGCCUUCUCCCAUUUUAAAUAACAAUGACCAAAUAAAAACAGAUACUUUGUAA